AUGGACGCAGUCGCUGCAGUGAAAAGUGUCGAGGAUAACGAGGAAGACGCGUGGGUCGUGGAGCUGGAGGACGCACUCGACUUCAUAGUGGAGACGGAAAUGAAGGAGACAGAGGGUGAAGAAUUGGACGAGGAGAGCUUGGAAGAGAAGGUGGACGCUCGAGCUUCAGUUGCUGCACUGUUACCGCAGGAAGUGCUGGCACUUAUCAUCAGCUUUGGGCAAGUGGGGCGCGUGUGCAAGUCGUGGAGUCUCGCGAGCAUUGCAGUCGCCCGUCGCCGCUUCUCAUCGCGGCUUACGGACAUUUUGCGUCCUGUGGACUCGAACGCCGUCAUGGUGGCGAUGGACGUGGAAGAGGAGCUGUAUGCUGCUUAUGGUCAAAGCCACUCGUUGACGAAAGCGUAUGCGCACAAGGCGAGGACGCUGCUAUUUAAUCUGAAGGAUGUUCGGAACGUCGACCUGCGCAACCGACUAGUUUCUGGUGAGCUGCCAAGUCAAAGCCUCGUGCGCAUGAGCGGUCCUGAUAUGGCAAAUCCGCAGCUCGUGCGUCAGCGGAAGGAGUGGAUCAAGAAACGCACCCACGAGGUGAUGCGUGACGGCCGCGAAGUCGAGGGCUUCGAGUCAGACCUGUUCGAGUGCCGCAACUGCGGUAGCUCACGAACACGCUAUCGCCAGUGGCGUCGCAAAGCUGUCGUGGAUCGUACGCGAAUUAUCAUCAUCUGUCUCAGAUGUCCGUAUCGAUGGGAGUUGUAG